AUGAAGCAACAUAAUUUAUCAAGUUUUAUAAAUCAAAACUAUUUCAAGGAAAGAGCACAGAACGCAGCUGUCAAGAGUAUUUCCGGAAAUAAGAAAUUAUUACUCCCAAAUGACCAACAGGAGAGCACCAAGGAUUUGGAUAAUAGUGUUUCCAAUAGAACUCAUGGAUCACAAUCAAAUAUGACAUCAUAUAGACAUAUUUUCGAAACUACUGUAACAAGAGAUACAAGCAAACGAGCUAAGUUUCGUGCCAUUCCUACCCUUACAGAGGUGCUAGAUAGUUCCCCAGAUAGGAUAAUAUGUUCCAUAUUUGAAAAUAGAAACAGUUUAGAAACAAAAGUUGGUAUAUGUGCUAUAAAUUUAAAUCUGGGAACUUUGACCUUUUCGGAAUUUAUUGAUUCUCAAAUAUUCAUUAGAGUCAUUCAUAAAUUGCAGAUUUAUAAUCCAACUGAAAUUCUGGUACCUACAACAUCAAUGGUUCCUACAAGUUCUAAAUUAAUAUCUGUAAUUAAAUACAAUGUUCCUGAGGCCACUAAAAUUUCAAAUAUUCCACAUAAGUUAUUUGAUGAUCGUGAAGGUCUUCAGAUUAUUAAUAAGUUCCAGAUGGAAUCUAAAAAAGCAAAUUUCGUUGAAAAGACUCAUGGGUUACGGGCUAUUGCAGGAGCUUUUGAAUACAUAAAUAAUCGUAAUACAAAAGACAGUUUAUACCACAAGUUUAAAAGCCUGAGAAUCGUUUUCGAGGCUCCAGACGACACAAUGUUAAUAGACCUUUUAACAAUAAAAAAUUUAGAGCUAGUAGAAAAUAAUAUAGAGAGGGACAAGUUAUCAUUGCUUAAAUUCUUGGACUCUACGUCAACUUGUAUGGGUAGACGGCUACUCAGAAAUAACAUUUUACAACCACUCACCAACGAGGAUGGAAUAGCACUAAGAAUAGAGGCAGUCAAAGAAAUGCUCGAACAUGAUGGCCUUCUUGAAACUGUUUGUUGUAAUCUUAAGCAUUUUCAUGAUAUGGAUAAAUUAUUUUCGAAGCUCCUAUAUGUGGAAAAUAUUACUGUACGUGCCGAACAGAAAGUAAAUUAUGUUUUGUUACUCAAAAACACAAUUCGCCAAAUUCAACUAGUCAAUGAAAUAUUUACUGACGUUGACCUUAAGAGCUCCCUAUUGAGGGAAGUUAAAAGAAUUUUAGGUUCACCUGCAAUAAAAAUUGCCCAAAAAGAAAUUGAUAAUGUGAUUAAUGAAGAUUGUGGAUGGGCUUCAUCUAAUAUAAAUCUACAGAAUCAAAAAAUCUACGCAGUCAAAAAUGGAUCCAAUGGGUUAUUAGAAGCAGCCAGGGGUGUCUACAAAAAUAUAAUAGAUCAAAUUUCGGAAGAAGUCGAGCAACUAUCUGAUGAUUUAGGUGUACCAGUAGACCAUACAUUAGACUCAUCCAGAGGUUUCGUUAUCAGAAUUCCCAGAAAUGACUGGCCUGACAUGAAUGCUCUUCCAGAAGAAUACAUAAAUAAAGUGGUGAAAGGCAGAUGGAUUGAGUGUCAUACUUUGAAGUUAAUUAAAUUUAACACCAGACUAAGGGAUAUAAUCACUGAAAUAUGCCUCCUUAGUGAAAAAGCUGUCCAUUCACUGCUUAAUGAGUUAACGAAACAUAUCGCAGCGUUUUUUAUGGUAUCAGAAGCUAUCUCUCUACUGGAUUUAAUAUGUUCCUAUAGUACCAAUACUUCAAAAUAUAAAUAUACCUUCCCGGAGUUUGGCUACAAUAUACAAGUAGAAGAUGCCAGACACCCGGUUCUGGAUACCACUCUUCCUGAUUUUGUUCCAAAUAAUAUUAGAAGCAUCAAAGGUAGUUCGAACCUUCAAAUUAUUACUGGUUGUAACAUGAGUGGAAAAUCUGUAUACCUCAAGCAGGUGGCCCUCUUAUGUAUCAUGUUUCAAAUUGGUUGUCCUAUACCGGCCAAAUCUGCUACCCUACCAAUAUUUAAGAAUCUUCAUGCAAGGCUAUGCAACGAUUCCUUGGAAUUGAGUUCUUCAAACUUUAUGUUUGAAAUGAAAGAAACAGCAUAUUGUAUGGAUGGUCUCUCCGAAGAUACAUUAUUAAUUCUUGAUGAGCUUGGAAGAAACUCCAGUGUUUGUGACGGACUCGCAAUAUCUUUGGCUGCAACUGAAUUUAUACUACAUUCUAAAUGCGUAGCUUUUAUCUCUACACAUUUUCAGGAAAUUCCCAAGAUAUUGAUCAAUAAACCUUCAGUAAUGCAUCUUCAUAUGAGAACAGAUAUCCUUGGGGACAAGAUGAAAAUGCUAUAUCGACUACACGAGUCCUCUUCCAUUAUCGAACACAGUGCACUAAAAGUUGUCUCGAAGAUUUUUCCAAAGGCAGUAAUAGAUAAUUCCUAUGUAAUUGCCAAUAACUUAUCUAACUGUCGAAAUAAUAAUGCAGACGAUUCUGAUACCCUUUCUAAUGAUAAACAGUUAAACCAAAAGGAGGUAAACCAAAUGAAGAAGAUUCAAAAUUUUCUUUCUUUACUGAGACAGAAUUCCAUGGAGGAUAAAAUAAAUCUCGAUACAUUAAAGUUAUUGCAAAUGCAAUUUAUGGAAUCAUUCACAGAAUGA